GCAGCCAUGGGCAAGCACAGCAGCAAACUGGCCCCAGAGAUGCUGGAUGACCUGGUGAGGAGCACAGAGUUCAGUGAGCAGGAGCUGAAGCAGUGGUACAAGGGCUUCCUCAAGGACUGUCCCACUGGCAUUCUCAACCUGGAGGAGUUCCAGCAGCUCUACAUCAAGUUCUUCCCCUAUGGAGAUGCCUCCAAGUUUGCCCAACACGCCUUCCGCACCUUCGACAAGAAUGGGGAUGGGACCAUCGACUUCAGGGAGUUCAUCUGUGCCCUGUCUGUCACCUCCAGGGGCACCUUUGAGCAGAAACUCAAUUGGGCCUUUGAGAUGUACGACCUGGAUGGAGAUGGGAAGAUCACACGCUUGGAGAUGCUGGAGAUCAUUGAGGCUAUUUACAAGAUGGUGGGGACUGUGAUCAUGAUGAGGAUGAACCAAGAUGAGCUGACACCCCAGCAGCGUGUUGACAAAAUCUUUACAAAGAUGGACAAGGACAAGGAUGACCAGAUCUCCCUGGAGGAGUUCAAGGAGGCAGCAAAGAGUGACCCCUCCAUCGUUCUCCUCCUGCAGUGUGACAUGCAGAAAUAGAGCCCAGGGGGCUCAUUGCUGGACUGGCUGCAGCAAAUCUCUGCUCCUUGUGAUGGUUUCCAACCCCAUUUU